AGUAUGGAGCUAUCAUCUGGGACUCAUACACUACACAGAAAAUAUCUUAAUUAGAAUGUAUGCAAAGAAGGGGUGCAAGAUUCAUGAUGAAAGAAUACAAAUUAAGAGAAGAUAGUACAAUGUCCAAGAUGCUCAAAGAACUUGACCUUCCCUUAUUACAAACUCGACACCACCAACAAAGGCUGAUCUUUUUUUUACAAACUGGUUGAGGGGCAGAUACCAGCUAUAACACCUGAUCAAUUCAUUAAAAACCACAAAAAAAAAAAAAAAACAUCAGACCUAAAGUUUAUGGUACGGAAAGAUGCACAGAUAAACAGGAAGUUGACCUCGGAUUUGAACAAAAAUGAAUCCCACCAUAUGGCAUGCCUCAGCAAAAUUUUUUUGGAAUCUGAAGACAGUGGCCUUAUGAAGUCAUCAACAUGUGAAUGCCCCAUGGGGCAAUAUAAAUGUCAUCAUGUGGCAGCAGCACUUUUAUUUGGAUACAAGAGGGCAAGCAAAACUGAUAUUAAGUGUAGUUGGUUGAAACACCCGAAGUCAGCACCACCCAAAACAACAAAAACAAUGGAGGAAUUGUACCCCCCUAAGCAGCCUGGAUAUCGAGCUUUGAAACGUGAUGUGAAUGCAGAGGACAGAUUGUUCUUAUUUGAUCAACUGGGCCAGUUAGGCAGAUUUACAGCAAUGCAUUGGAUUUUGUCAAAGGAACCAGAAGUUCAGAAAUUUCCUGUUUCUCUUGUCCAAGAUCUUCUGAUGAGUGAAGAAUAUCUUACUGCUGAAUGUAAAUCAGCUUACUUAAGAAGUAAACUUGUUGUGUCACAAGAGACUGUUAUACAAACUGCCUGGCUUACAAUUGGUCAACGUGAAAAUGCGAUAUGGCAAGCUGUCCGCAAGAUGCGCUUUACAGCUUCCAACUUUGGGCAAAUCAUUGGGGCAAUUCGUCGAAACAGACUGACUGCAUCUCUCAAGAAGAAAUUGUUGAGCUCUUACAAUCUUGAAAAAAGAGCAUCAAUCCAGUGGGGAUUAACCCAUGAAAGAACUGCCAUUGAAGAAUACAGCAAGAUUGGGGAAGUUACCGUUCUGGAGACAGGAAUUUGGCUGCAUGAAUCUGGAACUCUUGGGGCCUCCCCAGAUGGUUUCAUUCAAGGUGAAUCUAAAUGCAAACCUCAUCUCCAAGUGAAGGGACAGGUUACAAGAACACCAGAUAUUAUUGAGGUGAAGUGCCCAUUCUCUGCAAAGUCUAUGACAGUUAGUGAUGCUUGUGCGAACAUUAAGGAUUUUUAUCUUGUAAGCGACUCAGAUGGUGGAUUGCACCUCAGAACCAACCAUGAUUACUGGAAUCAGGUCCAAGGACAACUAUAUUUGACUGGCACUCAGUGCUGUGAUUUUGUAGUGUGGACUCCAUUAGAUUUACAAGUUGUCAGGAUAAUGAAGGAUCCAGCAUGGGAGAUAAACAUUAAUAACAUGAUUGAAUUUUACUUUGAUGCAUUUUUACCAUCAUUAUGAAAAAAGAAAAUUACAAACACAAUGUCAGUCUUACAAGUUAUCUUUUAAUUUUUUUCAUAAAUGAGUUUAUUACAGAUGACAAGCAAAUAUUCAGAUUUGUACCGUUUACUGUAUAUAUAGCAAAAUCAAAUUUUGUGAAAGUCAUUGUUGUUUUCAAGGAUAUCAACAACUUCAUCAUCAAUAAAAUGUUGAAAUUUCAGACUAUAA